AUGUCGACGACUAUCAAGCUUUUAAGCAGUGACCAAGAGGUGUUUGAAGUCGACACCAAAGUGGCUAAAAUGUCCGCCACCAUCAAGACGAUGCUGGAGGACCUCGGCUUGGACGAAGGCGACGACGAGAUGGUUCCUCUGCCGAGCAUCCAAGGUCCCAUCCUGAAGAAGAUCGUCGAGUGGGCCGAGCAUCACAAGAACGACCCUCCUGCACCGGAAGACGAUGACAACAAAGAAAAGCGAUCGGAUGAUAUCCCCGAGUGGGACGUUGACUUUCUGAAAGUCGACCAGCAGACGCUCUUCGCCAUCAUCCGCGCCGCUAACUUCCUGGACAUCAAGGGGCUCAUGGACGUCACCUGCAAGACUGUCGCCAACAUGAUCAAGGGCAAGACGCCAGAGGAAAUCAGAAAAACCUUCAACAUCACCCCGAUGGUCCCAACUGCCGACGAUGAUGCUGCCAAGAAAGAGGUUGAGUGGUCUGAAGAGAAAGACGAGGAACUAGAGAAGAAGAAGGAGAAAGAGAAAGAAAAAGAAAAAGAAAAAGAAGCUGAUCAAUUUAAUUAUUUUUAUUCUAUGACAAACAUCAAACUUCAGGCUAAUGAUAACGAAAUUUUCGACGUUGAUGUUGAAAUAGCAAAAUGCUCCGUAACCAUCAAAACCAUGUUGGAGGAUCUGGGUAUGGAUGAGGAUGAUGAUGAGGUGGUACCUCUGCCGAACGUCAACUCGGCAAUUCUGAAAAAAGUCAUCCAGUGGGCGACUUACCACAAGGAUGACCCACCACCAGCUGAAGACGAUGAGAACAAAGAGAAGAGGACUGAUGACAUCAGCUCUUGGGAUGCCGACUUCCUCAAAGUCGAUCAGGGUACUCUGUUCGAGCUGAUUCUCGCUGCGAAUUACCUUGACAUCAAAGGACUUCUGGAUGUUACUUGCAAAACUGUCGCUAAUAUGAUUAAAGGAAAGACUCCUGAGGAAAUUAGAAAGACUUUCAACAUUAAGAACGAUUUUUCAGCUGCUGAGGAGGAUCAGGUUCGCAAAGAAAACGAAUGGUGCGAGGAAAAGUAG